GUAGCGUUCUUGGACGAUUAUCAACGUUAGGUAACGGUAGGUAAUUAGACCUCCGCUCGCAGGAGUCGAGCUUUUGGCAAGCAAUCCCAUUUGCACCACCUGCAGUACGGACAGCAGCAGCAAGCCAUUGUCUACAUAGUUAGUAGCUGUGUGAUGGAGAGUUGAGAUCGGCCGGUGGCAUGGGCUCGGGAUCGUUUUGUGUGAUGGAAUUUGACUUGGGACUUGGAACAACAUCCACACUGACUGAUCGAAACAGGGGCCUCUUGCCUGGUCGCUGCUUCGCAAAGCACAGCUGCCUCAAUCGUGAUUCGCGACGACGAUCGGAUAAGCUCCACUUGCCACGCUAUGCUCGCAUAGAUAAGGUAGUCACAACCGGGUAUUCUUAUCCGCAGAUGCACCGCAGGGACUCGGCCAAAGUUGAGGAUUGCAAUUUGAAAGGAGCUCGUACACGAGGUAGUGCACUGUGUGUAUUGCGCAUCUUCGUCGGCUUUCUCAAGGCUGCCAGGCACGGAUUGGCGCAGGCAUUGGCAAUCAUGCUCAUACCUAGCGGAUUUGGGAUGGCAAGAUGCGUAUACUACGAAGCAUGCCGCUGCCGCUGCCGCUGCCGCUGCUCUUUCCUAUGGCAUACUACUAAGGAUGCUGACUGGUCAAAACAUGGCCGACAGCAUGGAGCUGAACAUCUCCCUUCGAAACAUGGGAAAAUUUCGGUUGCUCUGCACUAUCAGGUAGCCCGGUGCUAUUAACAAGACCAGCCUCUCUGUCUUCACCACUACAUCUCAACUCGUGAUGAAGAGGCGUGAACAGUGGU